CUCGGAAUCGCCCCUGCUAAACCUCAGCAGGCUCUGUGGGUGCAAACCCCAGCUCGGCCAUGUCUCGCUUAGGGGGCACUGCCCCACACCAGUGUGAGCACCCUGAGAGCACCAGCCCAGGGGCCCAAACCCGGCAGCCAGCUGCUACCACCAGUACAGCUGGGCGGGUUCUCCCCAGGGACGUGGGACCCCCAGGUUCAAGUCCCUGAGGAUCCCAAUCAGGCAGAGCAGGGACUUGACCUGGGUCUCCCAGAUGAGCGCCCGCACCAUGGCCUAUCCUGGGUGCCCCAUGCUGGCCCCGAGAGCCUUUCCCGCAAAAUGUCCUGGUGCCACGGAAUCAUUUUCCUCCAAAAAACAUUUAGUUGAAAAAUUCCCACCUGUCUGGGCCUGUGGAACGUGCCGGGGCCGCCCGCUCUCCGGCGUCCGCCAGCCCAGCACGUGGCCCGCGCCGGGGCCGCCCGGGGCAGAGAGGCGUGUGGCACGGGGGGGGGCACCAGACAAGCCUUGGGGGUUCUCUGUGCACUGCCCUGCUGGGCUGGCACUCCGGGGAUGGGCCUGGCAUCUGCAGAGGGGUGUGUCUGCCUGGAAUGCCAGCCCCGAAUCCCACUGCUCGGCCUGCAUGUGCAUUGCUCGUUUAAAGCGGGCAGCGUUGGCAGAGCAGGGCUGGCUCAGCAGAGCCGGCACCGGGCACCAGGUGCCCUGGGGGCCCUGAUCUCGGUCAGAUACCAUAAUAGAAAGCAUACCCGGGCUGUGCCCUGCGCUGCCAGGGCUCCGGGGUGUCCGUGUGGUGACCCCCCCCACCCCUUUGUCCCUGCCCUCUGGGCCGCUGCCAGGCACCAUGCAGGGCUGUGACCAGAAGCCGGAAUCUGCUCCCCCAGGUGCCACCCGCAGCCGGCCUGGGCUGGGCCCUGCUCGGAGCUGGGAGGGGAGGCGGAGGAGGCGGGGAGCAGUAGCUGGAGUUGCCACUGGCUGCCUGCCUGUCCGGGAGCGAGCGGCAUUCCUAGGCAGGCGGCUGCAGAGCUCAGCCGGGGCCUGCAGCUGUCACUGGCAUCUGCACCCUGGGCAGGGACCGGGGCUGGCCAGCGGCUCGUCUGCCCCAUCCGCUGGCUGGGCAGAGGUGCCAGGGCGUUGGCAUUCCACUGACCUGCCCUGGGGCCGGCAGCUGUGCGCUGUGGAGCUGGGGGAUUGGACCCUUCUCCUGGGGGACAGAUGGGGGUCAAGCACUGACCGCACCAGAGCACCCUCUGCGGCCGAGGGAGAUGCGCCAGGAGGUAACUGAGCCCGGCGCCGUGGCCCCCUGGCCUGUGGCCCUGCUGCUCCUGAGCCUGGUGGGGCUGGCGCACCCGGAGAGCCGUGCGGAGGAGCCGGGGCGGAGCCGGGGGGGGCGGGCGGCCGAGCCCCCGCCCGGGGCCAAGUGCACCUACACCUUCGUCGUGCCGCGGCAGCAGUUCACGGGGGCCGUGUGCUGGAGCAGCGGGCGGGCGGCCCCCGCGCCGCCGGGGCCCGAUGGCGGCGAGACGCGGGCGCAGCGGGCGGAGCUGGGCCGGCAGCGGGCGGAGCUGGGCCGGCUGCGGGCGGAGCUGGGCCGGCUGCGGGGGCUGGCGGCGGUGGACGGCGCCCUGGUGAGCGAGGCGAAGGCCCUGCGGAAGGAGAGCCGCGCCCUGAACGCCCGCGUGGGCCAGCUCUACGCCCAGCUGCUGCACGAGAUCCUGCAGCGGCGCCAGGGGCCCGGGCUGCGGGCCCAGCUCGAGGGGCGCGUGGCCAACGCCUCGGCCCAGGCCCUGCGGCUGGCCGCCGGCUACCGCCAGCUGGAGCUGAGCUACCAGGCGCUGGCCGCCCUCGUCAACAGCCAGAGCGCCCUCAUCGCGCGGCUGGAGCGGCGGUGCCCGGGGGGCGCCGGGCCAGCCCCCCCGCAGCCCCCCCUGGUGCCGGUGGUGCCCCUCCGCCCGUCCGGCGUCGCCAACGAGAGCCGGGCGCAUUUCGACGCUGCCGCCGAGCUGCAGAUGGACCAGACGGAGCCGGCGCCCCCCACGCUGCCCCCCAGGGCCCCGGGGCCCUGGCGCGACUGCCUGGAGGCGCGGCACAGCGGGCACCGGGCCAGCGGGGUCUAUCUGGUGCAGCCGGCGGGCACAGGACAGUCCCUGCAGGUCUGGUGCGAGCAGGAGCUCGAGGGCGGGGGCUGGACCGUGAUCCAACGGCGCCAGGACGGCUCCGUCAGCUUCUUCACCACCUGGCACCACUACAAGCACGGCUUCGGGACGCUGGACGGCGAGCACUGGCUGGGGCUGGAGAACACCCGCCAGGUGACGGGGCAGGGCCCGGGGCCCUACGCGCUGCGGGUGCUGCUGGAGGACUGGGCGGGGCGCCAGGCGUAUGCCCACUACGACCGCUUCGCCCUGGAGCCCGAGAGCGACUCCUACCGGCUGCGGCUGGGCCGGUACCGGGGCAGCGCCGGGGACUCGCUGGCCUGGCACGACGGCCGCCCCUUCAGCACGCUGGACCGGGACCACGACGCCUACAGCGGGAGCUGUGCCCAGCACCAGAGGGGCGGCUGGUGGUACAAUGCCUGCGCCCACGCCAACCUCAACGGGGUGUGGUACCAGGGCGGGCCCUACCGCAGCCGCUACCAGGACGGCGUCUACUGGGCCGAGUUCCACGGCAGCGCCUACUCCCUGCGCAAGGUGGUGAUGAUGGUCCGGCCCGCGCCGCCCGCCCCCGACGCCCAGCAGCCGCCCGCCCCCGACGCCCCGGAGCCGCCCGCCCCCGACGCCGCCUGA